AUGGCUAUCGCCGCUGCCCUGGCAUCGCUACAAGGCAGCGUGAUUGAGUAUCCCUACCACUCGCUAGCCGCCGCAACCCUCCUCGUCCCUAUUCUCUAUGUCAUCCUGAAUGAGUUCAUUCGUGAUGCCGCCCGCGUCAAGGGUAUGAAGGGUCCGCGGGGACUCCCCUUGAUUGGAAACCUUGCGCAGAUCCGCACAGAUGCCGCGGAAAAGUAUCGUCUGUGGUCGAAACAGUAUGGCGCCGUUUAUCAGAUCCAGCUGGGGAACAUCCCAGUCGUCGUCGUCAACUCAGCUGCAUCCGCAAAAGUGCUUUUCAGUCAGAAUGCGCAAGCCUUGAGCUCAAGGCCUGAGACUUAUACUUUCCAUAAGAUUGUUUCCAAUACAGCCGGAACAACAAUCGGUACCUCACCCUAUAGUGAUUCCUUGAAGAGACGCAGAAAGGGCGCCGCCUCAGCUCUCAACCGCCCCUCUGUCGAUACGUACGUCUCGCACCUAGACGUCGAGUCAAAGGCCUUUGUGGAAGAGCUGAACAGAUAUGGAAACCAUGGAAAGACACCCGUCGACCCCAUGCCCAUGAUCCAACGUCUGAGCUUGAGUUUGGCGUUGACUCUGAACUGGGGUGUGCGUAUUGCCUCACAGGAAGAGGACUUGUUUGAUGAGAUCACCGAGGUGGAGGAAGAAAUCAGUCGGUUCCGAAGCACCACUGGAAAUCUGCAGGAUUAUAUUCCUCUUCUGCGGUUGAACCCGUUUAGCUCCAACUCUAAGAAAGCGGCCGAGAUGAGAAUCCGUCGCGAUAAGGGGACACAUAAGCCUUGUAUCCAGGCGAACGUUAUCAUGGAUAAGGAGGCUAAGCUGAAUAAGGAGGAGUUGACAUCGAUUAGUCUGACGAUGCUUUCUGGUGGUCUUGAUACUGUCACCACUUUGGUUGCAUGGAGUCUCAAUUUGCUGGCCCAGCGUCCUGAUAUCCAGAAUCGGGCGGCUAAGGCCAUCCAGGAAAUGUAUGGCCAGGAUGAGCCCAUGUGCUCCGCCGAUGAUGAUCAGAAGUGUGCGUAUAUUGCAGCUCUGGUCAGAGAAUGUCUUCGAUUCUUCACUGUGCUGCGAUUAGCGCUUCCUCGCACCUCGAUCAAGGAUAUCACCUAUAAGGGAAUCACCAUUCCCAAGGGUACAGUGUUCUUUUUGAAUGCCUGGGCAUGCAACAUGGACCCCGAGGUGUGGACUGACCCGGAUGAGUUCCGCCCCGAGCGCUGGCUCGAGCAGCCUGAUGCGCCUCUCUUUACGUACGGUAUGGGCUACCGAAUGUGCGCCGGCUCACUGCUAGCCAAUCGUGAGCUUUACCUCGUCUUCAUCCGCACCCUCAACAGCUUCCGUCUUGAACCCCAUGACAAGACAGAUUGCCACCCUCUCCGGGGUAACUCGGAUCCAACCAGUUUGGUGGCCAUUCCUCAAAAAUAUAAGGUCCGAUUUGUGCCGAAGAAUGAAAAGGCUCUGUCCAAGGUCCUUGCGAAGUGA